GUGAAACUAAUAACUGUUCGGCAAUAACAUAAUCGAUAAUGAUAAAGAUUCACGCACUAGUAGCGCUACCUUUCGUAACCCAGGUGGUGUCACAUUUCCUGGUCGACGAUGAAGAUGGACGCUUCACAACACCUCAAAUCACACAAAAAUACGGCUAUCAAACGGAAAUACACCACACGGAAACCAGCGAUGGGUACAUCCUAGAGAUGCAUCGAUUAUCCGGAUCUCCCUCCAGUGGUCCCUUCGAUCGAGAGAAGCCACCGGUUUUGAUGAUGCACGGCUUGAUGGGAUCUUCGGCCGAUUGGAUCCUUAUUGGACCCCAGAAUGCACUAGCCUAUCUUCUAUCGGACCGUGGCUACGACGUUUGGCUUGGUAAUGCCCGAGGCAAUCGCUACUGUCGGAAGCAUGCAUAUUUGGAUGUCGAUACGAGACGGUUUUGGGACUUCUCUUGGCACGAAAUAGGAACGUUCGAUGUUCCAGCAAUGAUUGAUUACGUUUCAGAGGCACGGCGUGUCCCAAAGCUGCACUACAUCGGUCAUUCUCAGGGAACUACGGCGUUUUUCGUGAUGACAACGAUGUUGCCACAGUACAACGAAAAGAUCGUGAAAAUGCAAGCCUUAGCACCCGCUGCCUACCUGUACCACUUGAAUAAUCCAGUAUUGCGUUUUCUUGCAACACAUUUGAAUACUGCAGAGAGCGUUGCGAGCAUGCUGGGGAUCAAUCAGUUCAUGCCGGCGCCCAAUAUGAUGAAUCAAUUGGCUAGCGCAUUUUGCCCGUAUAUUUUCAAUGGACAGUAUUGUGUAAGUACAAUGUUCCUGCUGUCCGCAGGGAAGUAUCAGAAUCUUGAUCCGAAAAUUAUACCAGUGCUGAUCGGUCACAUUCCUGCCGGGGCAUCCGUCAAGCAAUUCGUACAUUAUGGCCAGGAAGUACUGUCCGGACAUUUCCGUCAAUUUGACUAUGGGGUGGAAAAUAAUACGAGAAUUUAUCGCUCCCCUGUCCCACCAGAUUACAACUUAACCAACGUCCGUGCUCCAGUUGUGAUACACUACGGGCUCCAGGACCAACUGACACGUCCGGCAGAUGUCGUGAGGCUGGCCCGAGAGCUUCCGAAUCUCGUUGAAUUAAAUCAGCAUUCCGAUCCGUCCUUCAAUCAUAUGGACUUUCUGCUGGCAACGAGUGUCAAGGAUACUCUGUACAACCGCAUUAUCGACAGCAUGAAGGGGGAAUAG